CAUUUUUUUCCUACUUUAGGAGAAACAAUGAGAAUUGCCUCUUCAGAGUUUGCAGACGACCCGUGCUCCUCAGUGAAGCGGGGCACCAUGGUGCGGGCUGCUCGUGCCUUGCUUUCUGCUGUUACCCGCUUGCUCAUCCUGGCUGAUAUGGCGGAUGUCAUGAGGCUUCUGUCACAUCUGAAAAUUGUAGAGGAAGCACUAGAAGCAGUGAAAAAUGCGACGAAUGAACAAGAUCUAGCAAAUCGCUUUAAAGAAUUUGGAAAAGAGAUGGUGAAACUGAAUUACGUAGCUGCGCGACGACAGCAGGAGCUGAAAGAUCCUCACUGCAGGGAUGAAAUGGCUGCAGCUCGAGGUGCUCUGAAGAAGAAUGCCACAAUGUUGUAUACUGCAUCCCAAGCAUUUCUUCGUCACCCUGACGUUGCAGCCACUAGGGCCAACAGAGACUAUGUCUUCAAACAAGUUCAAGAAGCAAUUGCUGGUAUCUCCAACGCUGCUCAGGCCACCUCACCCACUGAUGAAAACAAGGGGCAUACUGGCAUAGGAGAGCUUGCUGCUGCACUAAAUGAAUUUGAUGUGAGUAUCAUAAGUGUAUGGAAAAUGAAAUGUUUUACCAUGGAAUCUACAGUGCUUUUAAAAGUGCGUUUUAGACAGGACUCACAUUUUUCUUUUCAUUCAGGUCUUAGAAUGCAGAGGUAAAGUGCAGAUGUUGAU